GUCUUCUCCCCCCAAACAUCGCUACCACACUUGACAUCCGCCCAGCGCAGCCGCCCACCCAGAAGUUGGAUUCAUGAUGGCUGCAACCGCGCCCUCUCGGAGUACCCAGGUCUUUGCGCAGCCCAGCAAGGAGUGGGUCAUCCCGCCCAAACCCAAACCAGGACGGAAGCCUAAAUCAGACGAGGCGAAGACACCCGCGGAAACUAAGGAUGCCGACAUCGAGCGCAAAGUGUUGAACAGGGCCGCUCAGCGUGCUUUCAGAGAACGGAAGCAGUCCCAGCUGGCGGAUCUCCAUGCUCGCAUCCAAGCAUACGAAGCCGGGGAAAUUGAAAAAAGCGUCCAUCUACAAAAGAUCAGCCAGGGGCUGAAGGAAGAAAAUAUGAUACUAAAGAAAGAAAAUGCCGACCUAAUGGAUGAAGUGCGUCGUCUCAGGCAAAGGAUCGAAGUGCUGGAGGGUCGUCAUUCAGAUGACCGCAUGUCCGUUGACACAUCCCCUCGUCUUCCCAAGAAAAGGCAGCGGCGACAUUCCGACCUCACGUACGACCAACGCAUGUCAUCGCGAGACACCGCGACUUCCAGCGAAACGGCUGCUAGCGGAACGUUGUCGUACCAGACUACAUCAACUCCACCGUCUGAUGUUUCCAUGUCAACCCCGACGCCAAUCAAAACGAACAUAACGUCCCCCAGCAUGGCUAUGCUGCCUGUUUCUUUCGAAGCCAGCGCCAAUGUUUAUGUCGCUGAGAACGGUGGAUGCGGCUUCUGCAGUUCAUCCACAUCUUGCCUCUGCGCGGAAGUUAGCGAAUCCGAUGCCCUCGCAGCUCAAGCAGCCUUGCUACAGCCGUCCCCGACGGAAGAGAAGCCGAGCGUUGAGUAUAUACCGUAUCAGGCCGCCGUUCCCAUCCGUGUGCGAGCGGACCGAUCUCAAUCAUCGGGUGGUGUGACCUGGCUCCUCGAGAACGAUACUACCACACCCAUAGCCACAACACCUGUUCCGUCCACAUCGACAGCACCGGUUGGAACCUGUUCUGGCGACCCCUCAAACUGCCCUGCCUGUGCAAAUGAUGCCUUUGGGCGCGACUUCUGCUCCAAGCUGGGUGCACUCACGUGCAACCGCAACCCAUGCCCUGGCUGCCCGAGUCGAGCGGUCGCCGGUUCGCAAUAUGGCACAGUUGCCGCAGUCAGUCCUUCGGGCUUGUGCUGCGGUGAUCCGUCCUUCUGCGGAGACUUCCGCCUUUGCUCGCCCACUGAACCGCCAACCAGGGCAUCCCAGGCAGUACCACCGUCCUUCCCAGACUACGUAAACGACGAAGACACUAUCCCGGCUGAUGAAGCGUGGAGGACGAUCAAACGCCACCCAGGUCUUCCGCUCACGUCGCUUGAUCUUCUUGCAGAUGUCGUUGCUCGUCGAACUACUUGUGGAGGGCCACCACCCGAGACUGCGGGACCUAGCCGUCCCGCUUGGCCUGGCCGAACGCUCGUCCCUCAAGCAGAGCUCAUCGAAGCGGGGCGGAAAAGAAAGAUGAUGGUGCAUCGAGAGGGACUGAGAGACGCACUCGAGCUUCUGGAUCAGAGAUACGCGGGCAACCACUGAUUCGCCCUUACAUUUUUUGGAACUGGG